CAGCCCAUCUCUGCAGAUAAUAAAAUCCAACGGAAUAACAACAGCAAUAUGUCCGGUGCCGGAGAUAUCCAGCCGGCCGGAACUGGGGCAUGUGCCGGCAACACCCAUGCCACCGAACCAUCACAACCGGCCGACGACAUUUCCAUGGCAACCCCGGAUUUGGUUCCGCCUAGCCACAGGCAGACCUCGUCCGAUGGCUCUUCUCAUUGUUGAUAUGUCUAUCACGUCCAUUACUUGGAAUGGACGGGGAUUGGCUAAUAGGGCCACUCUCGCUUACCUUCGCUCUCUCAUUCGUGAUCAUAGAUUGGAUUUUGUCGGCUUUAUUGAGCCGAUGAUUCGUACACCUGACUUUGACUAUUACUCUCGUCGAUUGGGUUUCCAGUCGGGCGUGGGUAACACUUCCCAUAAGAUCUUCUUUUUCCACUCGCGUGAUUACACCUGUCGGGUCCUCCGGGACACCGAUCAGGUGCUUCAUAUCGAGCUCUCUGCUUCCCAUCUCCCUGAGCCCAUAUUCCACACUUUGGUUUAUGCCAAGUGUAAUAGAGUCGGGAGAUACGAUCUGUGGGACACCCUGCGUGAGAUUGCUGAGAGUAUGGAGGGAUUGCCAUGGAUGGUUAGUGGUGAUUUCAACAUGUUUCUGCACCCCGAUGAGCGUGUGGGUGGCCCCACGGACCGGUCCGGGAGAUGUGGGACUUUGCUCAGACU